AUGCGGCGACCCAGAAACCAGCCCGCCGCCGAGCAGAUCGGCGCCCCACAGGGUGAAGAGAUCAAGUACAGAGGCGUCCGGAAGCGGCCAUGGGGCCGAUUCGCCGCCGAGAUUAGAGAUCCUUGGAAGAAGACGCGGGUAUGGUUAGGUACCUUCGAUUCUGCUGAGGACGCCGCCAGGGCCUACGACGCCGCCGCUAGAUCUUAUCGCGGCGUCAAGGCCAGGACCAAUUUCCCGCUGGUGGAUUCUGGGGUCUUUGUUGGUGGCGGCGGGGGAGAGGAUUUGAUGGUCAAGCGUCAAGCUUGGACGGCCGGGGAGGCGGAGGAGGAGGAAGGAGGUGCGGCGGCGGUUCAGGUGAAUCGGUGGACGAGCAGCAGCAUGAGCAGCACGGUGGAGUCGUGCAGCGGUCAUCGGCCCGGGUCGAACAACCCGGCUCAGAUCCCGGACCCGGCGAGGGCCCGGAGGCGACGACCCGUCGUGGUGGUCACGCCGGGUGAUUGUCGGAGCGACUGCGACUCGUCGUCGACGGUUGUGGACGAUGCCGACGACGUGGACGUCGUUGGCAGCAACGACAGGGAUUGCACGGUGUCUCUAUCUCAAUCUUCUACCGGUAAGCUCCUGCCUUUUGAUCUGAAUUUCCCGGCUCCGAUUGACAAUAACAACGACGACGACGGCUCUGCUCCCGGAUUUGGAGCUUGUAUCCCCAUAGACGGCCAACUCCCAACCUUGGCCUUGUGUCUGUAA